AUGCCGGAUGAUGGUUUGUUUGUCGAAGAAAGGUUGUCAUAUGAGGGAUUAAUUAGUAAGAUUUGUAUGACCCUUGGUUGGGAUCCAGCACACGUGAAACUCCACCUUUCUUUGAUUUUCGAUAGUCCCGGUGGUAGGCGUGUAGUGAAGAUCAAGAAUGAUUCGCAUGUAGAGUUCAUGAACCGUGUAGAUCCAAUGUCAUGUUUGGAUUUAUACAUAGAUUUGGAAGAUAUCACUCAAGAAGAAAGAGAAGCGAGUUUGGAAAACGUGUCAUUUGGUGAUUUUCGAAGGGGGGAACGUGCUAGUACUUCUCGAAACUGUGAUGAAGAGGAGACACCUUUAUUUGCACAAAAUGACUACCGGGAAGAGUUGGAUUCCGACUACAUAGCUCCAAGUGAAAGCGAAGAAGACUGUGAUGUCUCCGGAGAGAGUGAUUUUGAAGAAAGUGAUGAUGAAAGGUUGGAAAAUGAGGAAAGGGAUUGUAAUCUAUUCGCCCGACGCCAUGUAUAUAGUAAGAUGGGGAACUGGGAUGCCUCAUGUGUAGACAAGGAUGAGUUUGCUCUUAAGAUGUGGGAUGAGACGCCCGAAGGAAUGGACAUUGGUGUUUGUUUCAAAUCUCAAUCAGAAGCAAAGCAUGCUGAUGGUGAACCACCAUGUGAGUGGAAGAUGCGUGUGUCAUUGAAAGCUCACGGCCUUCAUGAAAUUGUGAGAUGGCAUGAUGCACAUAAUUGCAUGACUCCUGUGAAUGAUAAUGACAAUCGGUGUGUGGACGCGUCUUUGAUUGCUAGACUCAUCAGGAGAAAGGUUGAGGACAACGUAGAUUAUACUGUAGCCUCGGCAAAGAAAGAUGUGAAGACCUUAUUGAAAGUAGAUGUGCCAUACAAAAGGGCGUGGCACGGGAGGAGGAAAGCCAUAGAAGCGGUCUAUGGUGAUUGGACCUCCAAUUUCGAAGAACUUCCACGGUAUAUCGCUGCGCUUAAGUUUACUAAUCCUGAGACUGUAGUAGAGUGGGAAUGGAAGGAGGGACAAGAAGCCAGUUUUGAAGCCACCCCUUUCGAUGGUGAUGAUGCUAUGUGGCGUGUUGUUACUGCCACACGCCUAAGUGGCAGGGGUGGGUCUCUGCAUACGCGACUCCCACCACUCUCCGGCGACUCCAUUUCCGGCGUCUCUCCUUCCUCUGGACAAUCCGGCGUCUCUCUCCGAGACUCUCCACCUCCGGCGACUCCUUGCAAUCCGGCGACUCCUUCCGAGACUCUCCACCUCCGGCGACUUCCUCCACUCCUCCCGACUUCCUCCAUUCCUCACUUUUCAUAUUUCCGAACAAGAUGCAGAACACUGUCAAUCUACAGUUCUUGGCCCAGGUUGAGGAUUUGGAUCAGUGUAGUCGAUACGGUUGGGGAUCGCACUUGCUGGCCGGGUUGUACUCGCCUAUGCGAGGCAUCACAAGAUACCAUGCACGACGCCACUGGGUGUCUAUAUUUGCUACAGGUAUGGGCGUAUGAACGGAUCGAGAGGAUCGCGCCCCAAAGAAAAGGAGUAGAUUAUUUGCUUGAUGAGACCGCUCCAUUAGCUCAGCGGUGGGAAUGUAGGUACACGUACGGCGACGCCCCAAGGAGCAGCACUCCACCGUUUAGAGAUCAAUUAACAAGUCUGCGUGUUGAAGAUUUUCGGUGGCAACCAUGUGCACAUGUCCUCCAUAGACUCCCUGAUUUCUGUACACAAGGCCAAGCCAUUUGGACGACUAGGUGUUGGAUGUUCUGUUGGGCUAUUAGGGAACCCCACGAGUCGGGCAGAGUCGUAAGACAAUUUGGAUACAUACAGGAUGUUCCCAAGCGCCCCAUGAUUAAAGAUAACGCAUCAUUUCUUCUCGAUCACGCCCACAGUAUGUCUGGGUAUCCUAGCAAUAAUUGGGAGGAUCACCAUUCCAUGAUGCGCCGUCAUUGGAAUAGGAGAGAAGAGUUCGUGCUACGAGAUUUGGAGGAAGGAGAUCCUGGUUCCGUAUAUGAGGGGUACUAUGAAUGGUUUAUGGUGAACACUGUCAGAUUGAUAUCCAAUCCCGGUAAUUAUGAACCUCAAGGAUACGAGACUUCUUCGAGCCGCGUAAAAUUAUAUGGUGAAGUAUUGAACAACAUUCGCGUGAGUACCAAGAGGUUUAGAGAAAAACGAGAAGAUGAUAAUCUCCUAGACGAAGAACUUGACAAGCAUUUGGACGAUAUCAUCAAUCAAACACAUGCUGCUUUAACCUUGGGCGCAAAUGAUGAGAUGGAGGUGGAUGAUACCCAAAUCCUGGUUGAUGAAGAUCCAUUUUUUCCCUCACAACCUCCGCCGGGUAAAAAAGCGAAACCGUGGUCAAGAGAUAAGAUUGGAGGAGGAAGAAAGAGAAAGGUCACAAUCCCCCCUCGGACAUCGCAACAACAAACUGAGGGUCAACAAAAUGAGGAUCAAGCACAUUCCUCUCGAGGCUCGCGCAUCCAGGUCGAGACUCAUUUUGAAGAAGCUGGUGGACCCGAGACUCAGUUUGACAUUGGUGGACCCGAGACUCAGUUUGACAUUGGUGGACCUGAGACUCAGUUUGGUGGACAGUCGCAACCACAACCGGGAGUCAAAUUUAUCACCAUGGGGGAGUCCCAAUCUCAACCCCAAAUCGAGGCUCAGUUUGGUGGACAGUCGCAACCACACCAAAGUUCAAUACUCACAUAUCUUAAGAGGGGAGACAGGAUCCGACAGGGCCCAAACAAAUACACUCCGGAUGCGCACAAUAAAGGAAAAGGGAAAAAAUGA